GCGUGAUAUCCUUCCGCGGUGGAGAAGCGCGCGGCCCUUUCCCUCCCGACAACACAGGAUGUAAACGGGUGGCGGUGAACGUACGAGACGUUACUCUGCGCCACACAGCCGUUAACAUUUCCCCACAUCAUCCUAGAGAGAAACACCGAGCCGACACCGAGGGACGGACGCCGCUAUUAACACCGACUGAACCCGCCCUGAGGCUGGUACCGAGUGAGCUCCGUGGAAGAAAUAUAAUCCGCUGUGAGCGCUGCGCGGCAACCGAAACUAGCGAGCUCGCGAUCGAGUGAAGAGAGAGAGAGAGGCAGCCGGCGGACGGAAUGGAGCUCAUCACUAUCCUCGAAAAAACGGUCUCUCCAGGUAAACACUCACACCGGACACUUCACCAGUGUUGUAUCCGUCUUCAGGUGGAGGCUGCUGAGUAAGCGCGGCGGUUGUUAGCGCCGGUGAAAGUUUGAAGCAGGGAGGAGGGAAACGCUUCGCUUUAGCGGGGUGUUAGCUCCUGAGGCUAACCGAGCAUAGAUCUCGGCCUCAGUUUCUAUGGAAAACGUUGGUGACUUAGCAACAUGUCAGAUGGAUUUUUUAAAACCCUGACAGGGACAUUAAGAAUCCAGUGUGUCCAGAUGAUCUCAAACUAAGAUGCCGUGUCAUCACAAUGCGGAUGUUUCUGCUGUGACAGCUGCGUGUAGCCGGUUAGCAGUGCCGACCCUGCCCAUGCCUGCUGGAGCGGCUGUUAGCUUGUAUCAUUCAAACUAUCGGCCGCUUCGCCCCUGCUAACGCCACCUAAGAGACACUGAGAAGAGAGAAAAGUUCAUCGAGAUGCUGUUUUGAUUAUACCCGACCGCUUUGAAUAAAGUUACCCCUGUUUUGAAAUGUUGACUGAUAAUCUGGAAAACUUUAUUUCUGUCACUCUAAACGUGUCUGUGGGCUAAUGCUAGCAUGCUAACCGCGCACGUUGGAGCCUCUUGGUGUUACCGUGAACAGACUGGGUGUAACAUCAGUGUCCUUUAACUAUAAAAUUACACAUCAGUGAAUGAUAUCAGCAAACAUCUGCAUGUAGAGAUCAGAAUAAGUGCUGUAACACGCUCCACCACCCGGUUUGAGCUCAUAUCUGAACCCUCUCUCUGAAGUCGUGCGUUAGCCUUCCGGCUAACCAUAUCUGUCAGCUAACGAGCUAACCUUACAUUGAAUAACCCCUCUCCCCCUCCUCUCCCCGCUCUCUCUCCGCAGAUCGGAAUGAAUUGGAGGCGGCACAGAAGUUUCUGGAGCAGGCGGCGAUAGAGAACCUGGUGAGUGUGACAGUGUGAUGGUGCUAACUGUUUUUUGGCGGGGUCAGUGAGCGGGGUUGGAGGAGACGAGAGAAGCUAACUGACCUGAUGCUACAGUCAGGCUGCAGCAUGGAUGGAGUAAAGAGGAGCUCAGGACAGCUGGAGCCCGCCCGGCUUCUCCUCCUCUGCUGCCCCCCUCCCUUCUCUGUCACACACACACACACACACACACACACACACACUCACGUAUGCUCACACUAGCAGCCUGCUCGCGCCAGCAUUUCAUGGAAGCAGCUACACCCAUCUGAUGUGGUGGAGGCAGCACAUCAUCUGGUUAAAUCAGUGGUUUUCAACUGGUCUCACUCAGGGACCCACAUUUUCCCAUGGUCCUUAAGUUGUGACCCACAAACAACCCACAAAUUUAUUUUCUAUAAAAAAAAAAGCCUUAAGACUCUAAUCUUUAACAUAAAUGCACUUGUUUUAUUGAGUAAAGUGCAUUUCAGAGCACAUGAAGCGGGUAAGAUGAGGAGACAACUACUGAAGUUUCGUAUACAGAAAACCUCAAGUAUCUAAUAAAUAUUGCAUUAAAUAUUUACUUUUUUGACCAGCUGUUUGUGAUUCGUCCAGAACGUGUCGGCGACCCACUUUUGGGUCGGGACCCACAGUUGAGAACCACUGGGUUAAAUUAAUGACAAAAAUAAUCAGGGGUGCAUGAUCACAAUUUUCUGGCCGAUCACCAAUCUUAUACCGAUUUUGAUUUUGAGACGCGUCCCGGGGAAAGUCCCGCCUCCUUCGCCUCUGAUUGGCUAGAAAAGCUGGAAACGUCAUCACACGCUCAAGCCAAACGGUCAGCACUUAUAGCCAAUCAGAAGUGAUAAGAUAAGCAUGUGAAACUAUGGUAACAACUGUCAGCUUACGUUAGCACAGAUGAGAAUUAAAACAAAGAUUUCUGAAAUAAUCAUACGACAAAAACAGUCCCGGUGUGUAAGGAGCUUUAGUUCUCUCAAAUAUACCGUAUUUUUCGCACUAUAAGGCGCACUUAAAAUUCUUUUGGCUUGUUGGAUCACUGCAGCUACCGUAGCCUCGCAGAGUCAUUGAAUGCGUUAAAUAAAGUUUGACUUAUCUGACUGUUUUGUUUGGCUGAAUGCGCUUUAUAAUCCGGUGUGCUUUAUAUAUGAAAAUAGACGCGAAUAAGAUGCGUUCAUUGAUGGUGCGCCUUAUAAUCCGCUGUGCCUUAUAGUGCGAAAAAUACAGUAUAUGAAAAGUUUAGAAUAUUGUCCAAACUGCUAAAUUAUAUCGGUUCCGUUAGUCUUUUAUUUUCCACAUUUUAAAAAUGAACAAUACUUACGCUACAGGUCACACUGCAGGCCUGUUUUGAGCCUCUUACCAAAAUGAAGUACACAGCAGUAUUUUGCUUUUACAAAUAAAGGAAACCACAAGGUUUGAGGAAGUUGGUAGAAUAAUAAUCUACAGGACAAACUAACAACCAAUCAACUGUUCUGAGUCUUAGGUUUCCUUGUAGUGGGUUCAACAUGCUUGGUUGAUCACACUUUGGAUAACUGUUGUGUAUGCCGCUCGCACUGACGCAAAGCAAAAAGCUACAACGGCUGACUUUCAGACCUUUGCUGAGGUAGAUAAGAACGGUGGAUAAAAUCUGUUUCAUGUGUAAAGAUCAGUCGAUCACUGAUCCCCCAAAAUUGAGGAACUCUGCGCCCAUCGAUCGGCCAGCCGAUUUAUCAGUGCAUGUUUAAAAAUAAUACAUUUUUGUUAUUAAGGGGUAAGAUUACCAAUUGUUCAACCCAGUUUCUCCUCUAUCUACUUCACAUUUUCCUUAUUAAGAUUUAGUUUUUGGUCCUGAAAGUGUAGAGCUUACCUGUAAUUCAAUGGCGACAUAUAUGAACCUGCUUCAUUGUUACAAAGCUGUGAAAAUGAUGAGCAGGUAGACACAGUUGUAGAAACAAAAUAAUGCAAGAGAAGUGCUACGGUGAGCGCAUGAUCACAUUUUAGAAAGGGUAAAAAUUUGACUGUUCAGUGUGAUGUUUUUAGAUGUCAGAUACACACUCAAAAACUCCCUACAUGAGGGAUUCAUAGAUCUAAUCAUGUGAAAAGGUUCCUACCAAGCCGUUUCAGUACAGGAUUUCUAAUACAGCGUGCAUGGAUGCAGAAUGAAAUUGAAAUUUGAGUUCCUACACAGCUGGAAGAUGCAAAAGGACCACACCCGUAAUAUGCUUUUCACGUCAUGGCAGCCGUCACAACACAAAAAAGCAAGAAGUAGAAGAUCCUUCACUGUCAUUAAUGUCUCCUGUGUGGGAACAUUAUAGUUAUUCAAUAUAAAGCAAUAUAUAUAUAUUAAUAGAUAAAGACAUGUCAGUAAGACCAAAGCAGUUUGCCCAAACUUGGCAUCAUUUGGAUAUGUUGAUGGAAAUGCGUCCAACUUGUUCGCACGUUUGAAGCAGUGCCACGCAGAUGUAAACAACAACAACUGUUAGGAAAAAGACACUUGUUCAAAAGCAGCUUCCUCUCAAUUUUCAACAGCCUUUACCUGGUAAUUCUAAGCUAAAGAGAUAGCAAACGCUAGUGGCGUUUUUAUGGCAGCGGUACUACAACCAUGUUCAGUUGUUGAGAACACAGGGUUUUAACACAUUGAAGGUGAUACAGCCCUGAUAAAAAAUUCUCUUGUCUUUCAUGAACAGACAAAAACUGCUGUUGUGCACAGCCGCUGCACUUGACAUUGUGUAAAAAAAGGAAGCUCUGUUCGUUCUUCAAGGAUGAAAGAGUCUUUGUGUUGCAUGUCUCCCAAAAGUAAAACAAACCAUUACUUUAAAACUGAGGUACAUAUCGAACCGUGACUCUUGUGUACUGUUACAGCCUUACAGAUAUCCCAUCCUGGUAUCAGUCAUCAGCCUGAUACUAACCCACAAAGCCAGAUUAUGUUCUUGUUUAUUUAACAUGGCUCUACAGUAACAUCAGUGCCGUGACAUUUAACCACGCACGACUCGUGAAAUUAGUUAAUAUGUGUAAAAAAGUAAAGAAAAACUAAAGAUGCUAUCUGCAUGAUGGUGGUACUGGAAGAUAUUUCCCUAUAAAGUUAAUUAUUGGCAUCCACAGUAAUAAAAGUUUCUGCUGAUAUUAAGGCUGCACGAUAUUGGAAAAAAAUAAUAUUGCGAUUUUUUCAACCCUGCGAUAUUAAAAAUACAGUAUUUUCACCAGAUGACCUGAAUAGCACUUAAUGUUAUGCUGCACUGCUGAAAUCUUGAGGACAGUUAAUCUGCUCUGAUCUUACCUCUUUUUGUGAAUGUUAGUAGAACGGCUUCUGUCUGUCUCAGAGAUAUUUUUAGCUUUUAUUGUGCUGGGACGUUAUUGUGGCAACAGAUGAACACAGAAGACGUGUUUUGGUCGACAUCAUCCUUCUUUUAACCGAAAUAAUUCCAGAUAACUGACUUUCCUUUUCUUUUUGGCAACAAAUCUUCAUUUUCGGUGGUUUUCGCUUGUUCGUUGUUCAUUUUGCGAUCGUUGUUGUUGUUGUUAGCGGUGUUGUGCUGAGAAACGCAUGUCCUCCGAGAAUUGCAUGCACCUCGCAAAACGCGCACUGCUUAUAGUAGAGUGGUCCACGGAAAUGUACAAUUUAAAACCCAUACAGUUCUUAUUUGUUGGGCUUAAUAGUCAGUAAAGUUCCGAAAGUAAUUCUCAGCGGACACACGUCUCCCUCCAUGUGCAGAACAUGUGCAGGGGUGGGUUUUCUCCUCCCUGAUUUUGAUUGACAGCUGGCAGGGUAGUCUGAUUGGCAACUGAGAAGUGAGUCUGAUUGGCAACUGAGUUAAGGACGAAGGCGAUUGGUGGAUCGCUGCACAGCACAUGCAGAGUCACAUGGAGUGUAUCUCAGUCGGUUACCCUUGAAAUUAAAUGAGUUCAUUCACCUCCAAUAUCGCAGGCUCUGCGAUGUGACUAUCGCACACACGUACAUCGCGAUGACGAUAGUCAAACGAUAUAUCGUUCAGGCCUAGCUGAUAUGAUUAAAAGGUGACGCAAUAACCAUGCAGGCAACAAUGGCUCACAGAUGUCGGUUGUAUUAAAGUGUUGCAAACACAAAGCUAACGCAUAAAUGAAAAAAGGUAUAUGACCUAAUUCAGUCAUCUGUUUAUAAAACAAAGAGACUGUCACAGUGAGAAUAACAGUAAAUUUCUGUUACAGGAGAAACUUUGUAUUCUUUAAACAAAAAGGGUGUGUAUAUAAUGGGGAUGCACCGAUACAACUUUUAAUUUUGAGUACAGAGACUAAUGACUGGCUCCACAGUACAUUAUUUUGUUUAUAUGCAAUCUCUGGAUGCUCUGUGUUGUGACUCUUGCACAUGCACACAUAGCAGUUGUGAUGAUCAAACGAUACAUUGUUUAACCGAUAAUGAUUUUCUGCCUCAUCACCGUUAUUAAAUACAGCUGUACUGAAGGAGCCUUCAAAAUUUGUUGUUCAGGAGUUUCUGCUGUAACAGCUUCACAUUUUAAUCAAUGUUUCUCAGAGGUCCCUCGUAGGAGGAUAUCUGUUUUUCAGUGCUGUUAACAAAUAAUUAGGAGUUCACCAGACCUGUAUACGAUAUCUGGUGCCAAUGUGCACUGACAGUAAAAAUGAAAAGCUUCCUGUCAAAUUUUUGAAUUUGUUAUAUUAUAAAUUCCAACAAAACAUUGCUGAAAUGCCUAAAGCAAAUGUGAAAGGAAAACUAAAAAGUACAGUUGUAUUACGUCUCACCAGUCGGAUAGAUAGAUGGAGGAACAUCCAUCUAAGACAAAGUGGUGCAAAAAAAAAUGGACCAAGAGUUUUUAUUGAAUUGAUUUUAUCGCCAUUUAAAAAAAAAAAAAAAAGUGCAAACCUGCCAAAGUCAGUAUUUGUUCCACCACUGUAUAAGUUGAAAAAAGCUGCAUGCUGAGCUGCUUGUUUUACCUGAAUGGACCUUCAAUUUAUCCAGAGGUCUCUGUAAGCAGUCAUUAUCUGUAGAAACACUAGGGGGAAAAGCAGUUUGCUGUAAUUAUUGAGGUUAGGCGUGGUUGGGUCAAAGUGUAAUUCAUUAAUGUUACUUAAAUGCUUUCAGGCUGGGCUGUAAGGGCUGCAAGCUGAGCUGCUCAUAACUCGCUUUUAGCUGAAGAUACUUUUAGUGUUCACUGUCAGAGUUUAGCAGGAGCUGAAUCAGCCACAGGUGUCUCUGCUCUUUUAACUUAUGAAAUUAAUUUUAGUCAAAAGACUGAAAAAAGGACACGUGGUCAAGGGAUUCCUUAAAGUGGCUUCAGUGGACGUGGGCUGUCCUGUGGCUAACUUUUACUCAUGUUAGCUUGAAAAUCAUUCACCUGAGGCUCAAAAUCCUCGAUCUAGAGAAGCGAGUGACUCUUGGAAAGUAGUCUGUUGGGAGUGAUUACAUGUCUGGUCAAAAAGCUGCUGCGUUGAGGAAGCUGAUGAAUGUGACUUACAGGUAAAACAGGUAGAACAGGUGAAAAGGUUAAUGGCUCGGGCUGAUGGUGGAGCCUGCUGUGCGGAUGAUCAGCUGUUCAAAAAGCCUGUCCGAUAAAUAACUGUUUUGAUCCGUCUUUGCAGAGGGAAUGCAGAUUAAGUCGUUUGCUGUAUCUCUGAAGUGAAAGUGAAUCCGUAGUGUGAAAAUGUUGCAUUCAUGUCGAGCAGAAUCAGCCUGAGAAAAAAGUCUCACACUUAGAGAUCAGAUUGAGAUACUUUGUAGGUGUAGUUCUUCUUCUGGGUCUGUUUAAUGUGUUGAUUUGAGCUGGCAGUGCCAUUAACGACACUCCGUUUGGAGGUGUAACAGAUACAGUAACAGAUGAUGCAACAAUGUACAUCAACACAAAGAGGGUGUGACGUGUUCGCUGCUACACAAAAAAGCCUCUCUGUCACCUGUCAGAGGCCAAGGUGCUUUGUGAGUCAUGUAGGAUCCAGCUUUUGAUAUGGAAAAGGUGUCUGAAAGUGACAAUAGCAUCUGCAGCUCUGGUUUUGAUCCACUGUGGAGUGUGGUGACCAAUGUGUUAGACAUUAAAUCUCAGUCGCUGUGGGGAAUCAAUCAUCAGAGUAGACAUUUGUCCCCCUGAAACAAAAAAGCUGCAGGUUUCAGCAGGAAGAUGAAGAUUUAGAAAGAGACAGAGAAGGUAAAUGUUGAUGUUCAAAGAAUUCCCCUAAUAUAGAGAGAGCUUUUUGUCUAAACAAGGAGGAGCAUGGUGCAUUCAGGGUGCUGAGUGUUUAACCGAAGGAGAUGAGGUUGUGUGUGAAGUGUGUGAAGUGUGCUGGCUGUGUAAAAAUCUCUUCAGACAGACUGAGAAACACUGAGGACGAUGUUCAUGGUUGUAUAGUGGAGGGAACUCCUCUUUCCUGUUGUGUCAGUGUUGUGCAGAGUCAUGGUGCAUCAGAGUGCACGGGACAUUUACAGUGAUGAUGCAGCACUCCUCUCUCUGUGUGGAUAUUAGCGACAUUAUUGAUCCGGACGAGAAGCAGACUGUGCGCCAACCUUGCAGACAGGACAGACAGACAGACCAUAUCUAAUAUUGGACAACUGCAUUCAUCAUGAAUCUGAUAAGUGAAGUUAUGACUUCAGACAGGAAGUGGGUCAAUGUCAAGCCAUCUGAUGGUUGGAGGCUGCAGAUCAAACACAGUCAGUAAAUCACUCUCACCCUGUACAGAGAUGCACUGAUCCAAUCCGAUACCUUGGCUGGGAGUAUCGGCCAAUAUCCAAUACUGAUCCAAUAUGACUGUUGAAUGAACUGUAUACCUUGCCCUGUUAGUGAAGGCGUCAGGCUUGACAUUAGCCUUGUUAAAAAAAAAAAAAAGGUAAAUCAACAGAGAUAUGAAUUUACUUAAUAGUAUUUAUUAACAAAUAACAAAUUGCACAUUAGCUCACAGCAAAAAAAGUAAGACCUCCAUGUAAAAAUUUAGUGCAAAAGGAUAGACAGACAUAGAAUAUAGAGCGAACAGAAUCACUGUGUUGCUGUGUAUGAUAUUUAUUAGCAGGGGAAAAAAAGACUGGAUCGGCAACAAUCGAUUUUUCUAAAGUUUCGCAUACUGUGUGUCCACUUCUGACCAAUCAGAUUGUGUUGAUCGUGUUGUUGCAACAUCUGAUUCACUGCUAUAUCCAACAUGGCCGACCGGCUGAUUGUUUACGAGAACAGAGUGCUUUUUGAUAAAAAACACAAAAAUUACAAAGAUAACAACCUGAAGGACAACAUAACGUCGGAUUUCUCAUAUGACGAUAGUUUGUGUGCUUUAACAGUGUGCUAAACGUUUUUUUUUUAACUUUCAUCUGUGCUAACGUAAGCUAACAGUUGUUUCCAUAGUUUCAUGUGCUUAUCUUAUUGCCUCUGAUUGGCUUUAAGUGCAGGGCUUGAGCGUGUGAUGAUGUUUCCAGCUUAUCUAGCCAAUCAGAGGCAAAAGAGGCGGGACUUCCCCCGGGAAAAGUCUUCCCUGGAAUGCGUCUUUCCCCCGGAAAGUCCCAAAAUCACAUCGGGCUUGAUGUGUAUAUUCAGGCGCGUCAAAAUUCUCCUCCGAAUACUUCGUAAUUUUGCGUUCUAUAUUUGCAUCGGCCCCGGUGUGUAAGGGCCUCUACAUUUUAAAAUCAUGGUCUGUGUUCUUUAGACUGAAACUCUUGUAAAAGGAUUUUAAAAACCUUAAACCAGGAGGCUAAAUGUGGAGGCAGCAGCAGGAGCAAGAGUGUCAGCAAUCAAAGUCUCCAGUGUUUGAUUAUGAUUUCACUGUAAAGUCACAGAACAGCUCCUAACUGUUAUUUCCUCGGUAACCUUACCCUCCUCCCAUGUCCUCUUCCCCCCUCAGCCCACAUUCCUGGUGGAGUUGUCAAAAGUAUUGGCGAACCCCGGGAACACUCAGGUGGCUCGAGUUGCUGCCGGUCUGCAGGUGAAGAACUCACUGACCUCCAAAGACCCCGACAUAAAGACACAAUACCAGCAGAGAUGGCUGGCCAUCGACGCCAACGCUCGCCGGGAGAUCAAGAACUACGUAAGACCAUGAAUGCAGACAAUACCUUUGAGCUUCUAGUAAUACAGUUAAUCUAAAGAAAUCUAACAUCUGAGUGUCUUUCUGUUUCCAGGUUUUACAGACUCUGGGCACAGAGACGUACCGGCCCAGCUCGGCAUCACAGUGCGUUGCAGGGAUCGCCUGCGCGGAAAUCCCAGUAAACCAGUGGCCCGAGCUGAUCCCACAACUGGUGGCUAAUGUCACCGACCCCUCCAGCACCGAACACAUGAAGGAGUCCACACUGGAGGCCAUCGGGUACAUCUGCCAGGACAUCGUGAGUGAUUGCACACAUGCACAACGCACCUGUAGAAACUUAAUAACUUAGUAAGAAGAAGCUUCUGAUGGUUUUACAAGAAAACUCUUUUUCUUUCCACCACAAACAGCUGCUGCAUCAAUCUGUUUCUAAACACCUGAGCAGUGAUUUUACCUCACAGAUCUCAGGAGUCAUUGUUCAGCGUUUAGAGGACGACAAACCCGUCUCUUAGUGAAAAUUAAUUUACUCAAAUGAAGUUUUUUAAAGCUUUUCUGAUCUCUGAAAUGAAGACUUAAAAACUUGUCUGGUGUGUAUUUGGUCUGUGAAGAGAAAUCAUGCACCACUCUGACAGCGUGAUGGAAAACAAACCACAAUAUCUGAGACCAACACAUCUUCAAGUCUGAUGUCUUUGAGGAGAGCAACAAAACAGAGUAACUGAAUCAUUCUCCUGUAACAGUCGCUCCAUAAAACCACAUGUCAACAAUCCCGCUUGGAUCAGCCAAACCUCAUGCCCACCAAGUCUGCCUGAAACGUGGGUGUCAUGAUUGAUGACGAGCUUACCAUUCCUCAGUUGAGCAGAUUUACCCUCUAUGUUUUCAGACAGCAGGAGCUUAACACAGGGACCUUUUGAGGAACUCUGUGCAUUUCAAAAGCAGGUGCAAGAGUCUAAAUCUAAUUAAGAAGUUCUGGGAAUUUCGGGGGGCAGGGCUUGCAACGCUGAAUGUGUCCAAUAGGUAGGGUUUUAAUUUCACCUGCAGUUGCAAGCUCAUGGUUUAAGAUGGAGUCAGAAGAAAUCUUACUUUUCUCCUUCCCAGUGAUCUAUUUGUAAUGCAAAGUUGAAUCAAAAGCAGCACUUGUUGAAUCUCCUCCAUGCUAACUGGUCAACUUCAGUGUUGCUCAAACGGUGGUGCUGGCCUGCCCACUGCUUUUUAAUGAGGCAUCUUCCUGGUAUGGCCUUUGUCAUCCUCUUACCACCAGUUCCUGGCAUUGUCGUGCAGUUACUUGUAUUGCCUCAUUGUCCUGAUUUGUUUAAUCUUUGUGGGACUUAAGAAACGCAGGCAACAACUGGCCACAAGAACCAUUUAGUUCCUUUAAGAAAGAGUCCCUGAAACUAAGUGGUUCCUUGCAUUUAUGGUCGAAAUGCUCCCUACAACAUCUGGAAGAUCAGACCCCGCCUGCCAGAGCACACAGCACAGCUUCUUUCACAGGCUCUCUGCAGGCCUCUCUGCAAACACAUCCAAACUUCUGCAGAUGACCGAGAACGCAGCGGUGUGCCUGGUAGAAAAUCAACCCAAAACAGCAUGUUGCCCUGCUGCUCAUGAGUCUUCACGUGCUUCCAGUAAAUGUUCGCAUCAAAGACAAAAGAUUCUUUAUAUUUGCAAAACAGGGACAAAAAUGACUCCAGGAACCUCUAUUCCAUCUAGUCAUGAUGGAGACGACGUUGGCGUUGAUGAUGAUUGUAAUGAUAAAGAGAGGGAUGAGGAAUCUGGUGGAUGAUUUAGAUUGUUUCUGUAGGUGAUGAAGAACCAUUAACCCGGUUGUUGUUUUUCCUUCAGGAUCCGGAGCAGCUGCAGGAGAAUGCUAACCAGAUCCUGACGGCUAUCAUCCAGGGCAUGAGGAAGGAGGAGCCGAGCAACAAUGUGAAGCUGGCGGCCACCAAUGCCCUGCUCAACUCUCUGGAGUUCACCAAAGCCAACUUCGACAAGGAGGUACACACACACACACACACAAACACAGAACCUCACAUUUGUCUGCCUGCUCACUGAUGAACAAAUGUUGAGCAGCACUGUGUUUCUGUUUCAGACGGAGAGACACUUCAUCAUGCAGGUGGUGUGCGAAGCUACACAAUGUCCCGACACCAGAGUGAGUGAUGUCACUGGUUUAUGUGAAGUUUUUAUCAAAACGUUCAACAGACUCAGUUGUUUUCCAGUCUGAAAAUGCUCACCGGAUGUCGUUUUAACUUUUCUUUUUAACGUUUGUGUGUUCAGGUGCGUGUUGCAGCCUUACAGAACCUGGUGAAGAUCAUGUCUCUGUAUUAUCAGUACAUGGAGACUUACAUGGGUCCGGCUCUGUUUGCGGUAAGUUUGGGUUAAAAGUCAUGAAGCUUCAAAUGUUUUCAGUGAGUGACAAGUCAGGAGAGUUUAGCAGCAGGACUCUUCUACUACAGAGCCAUCCAGCAGGGCUUGACACUAACUUUUUUCACAAGGAGCACACAAAGAACUAAAGGGGCACAAUGAAAAUUGAUCAAAUAAUGUCUUAUUGGUCGACCUUAGUACUAUUAUUUGAAAUCAAUUUUAGGUCAGUUGGUCACAUGACAUGGAAGCUAUUGAUUUAAUAAUAAUAUUUUAAUAAUAAUAGUAAUUUAUUGAUUGUCCCUUAUUCAACACCUUCACAGAAGUGUAAGCUACCCAUGCCAUAGACACUUAUAAUCCCCAUACCAUCAGGGAUUCUGUAUUUGAGCUAUCAGACAAGCCAGGUCAUCUCUUCACCAAUCAUCUCUAAUUAUUCUUCUCUCUUCUUCACCCUUCUGUCUUUUACUUUCCUUUCUUCCUCUCCUUCUCCUCUCAGAUCACCAUUGAGGCGAUGAAGAGUGACAUUGAUGAGGUGGCCUUACAGGGAAUCGAGUUCUGGUCCAACGUCUGUGAUGAGGAGAUGGACCUGGCCAUUGAGGCUUCAGAGGUCUGAUUCAGCUGACAGCAUCAUAUUAAUCUGCUGGUUUAGAUAAACGUUCGCUGAGUUUGUUUGGUCACUUCCUGUUUAUCCCUUAUCCAAUCACAGGCCUCGGAGCAGGGGCGCCCUCCGGAGCACACCAGUAAAUUCUACGCCAAAGGAGCGCUGCAGUACCUGGUCCCUAUCCUGACCCAGACCCUCACGAAGCAGGUAGGACACCUCAGGACAACUCAACCGCACUCAACACUCAACCUAAAGUUUUGUCAACCCAAGUGGCUCCGCCGCCCGUGCAACAUCCUGCACGCGAUCAACCAACCCGCUUUGUUUGCAGGACGAGAAUGACGAUGACGACGACUGGAACCCGUGUAAGGCUGCAGGCGUGUGUCUGAUGCUGCUCGCCACCUGCUGUGAGGACGACGUGGUCCCUCACGUUCUGCCCUUCAUCAAAGAACACAUCAAACACCCCGACUGGCGCUACAGGGACGCCUCCGUCAUGGCCUUCGGAUCCAUCCUGGAGGGACCUGAACUGAACCAGCUCAAACCACUUGUCAUACAGGUCAGAAACCAGCGCAACUAUAUCAGGAACCAACUGAACGGCGUAAAAUUUCGAACUAAUGUUUACAGUUUUCUCCUCAUCUAUGCUGUGUGUUUUUAAUCCAAUAAACCAAUGAACAGACACGGCUUACUCUGGAGACAAAAAAGUGACAGCAACAGCUUUUAAAAAGUCUGAAAGGAGACUGCAGAUAAAUCUUGAAGACUUGAAAAACAGGCAACUGGACUGUGUAGAGUUGAGAAGACGUUUCGCCUCUUAUCCAAGAAGCUUCUUUAGUUCUAAAUUGCUAUUGUGAGGAGACCCCUGUCAUGACAGGGGUUGUUAACGACCCUUUCAGGUUGACGACUUGGGGUGGGGGGGACACACCUGGAGAUGGGUUUCUACGACCCAACCCCUCCCAGUCGUUGUCUGUCCCCUUCUCCAGUAAGAUAAAUAUCUGCUCCUCACACUAGCAAUUUAGAACUGAAGAAGCUUCUUGGAUAAGAGGCGAAACAUCUUCUCAACUCUACACAGUCCAGUUGCCUGUUUUUCAAGUCUUCUAGAUAACCAUGACCUGGAUGAAUGAGAAUCUACACGGACGACUGCAGAUAAAGAAGAACCAGAUCCUCCUCUCUGAGUCUUUUCUUCAUCCUCCUGCAGGCGAUGCCGACCCUGAUUGAGCUGAUGAAGGACCCCAGUGUGGUGGUGAGGGACACCACAGCGUGGACGGUGGGUAGGAUCUGCGAGUUGCUCCCUGAAGCCGCCAUCAACGAGGUUUACCUGGCUCCUCUGCUGCAGUGCCUGAUUGAGGGUCUCGGAGCAGAACCCAGGGUGGCCUCCAACGUGUGCUGGGUGAGCGGUGGGCUCCGUGGAGGGCUUCAUGUUUAGAUUCAACACACACACACAGUCGUUAGUUAAAGUAGGAGCUGCAGAGUAAACUUGUUCAUUUGUCCUUCAGGCUUUCUCCUCUCUGGCUGAAGCUGCAUAUGAAGCCACAGACGCCGCCGAGGAUCAGGAGGAGCCGAGCACCUACUGCCUGUCCUCCUCCUUCGAGAUCAUCGUCCAGAAACUUCUCGAGACGACAGACAGGUAAGAAAACCCUGAUUUGAAGCUUUUUGAUCAUCAACUUUUGGGUCUCAAACCAGAUGAGGAUUAAAGGUCAGAUUUCACUGUCUGAUGAUGGUGUCAGUGUCAGAUUAAGCAAGUCAGAGCCAGAAAUUUGAGACAUGACUUGACCGAUAAAGGUGGAAGGACUUUGCAAGAUGACGGUACAUCUGCUGUUUCUUUCCAUCAUUUCUCUGUUUUUUUCACUCUGCUGUGAUCAUCUCCGGACACAUCUUAAAAGCAGCAAUGUUUUUGUCAGAGCUCCGGAAUUUUUUCCUCUGUCUCACAGCACCAUCUUUGUCAAUUCUGCUUUUGCUUUUUCAUCUUGUUUGUUUGCACCUGUGACUCUUGGGCAUACAGAGCUCUCUGUGCUUAUUGGUCAGGGGCUCACGCAAUCAAUGGCUGCAGGACAGACCCACUGCCUGUGAUCAAAACAUGUUUGAGUUAUGUUCUACAAACACAUAAUUGAAGGUCCUCAUAACAUGUCGAGUCAAAGGAGCACAUCACGACACAUCACGACACGUGGGCUGUGACCAUGACGGUUUGGGUUGCAUGAGCUCAGUCUGUAGGGAUUUGGAUUGGGAACAAGUCCCAGUAGAGACUGAGGGAUAGACUGAUGGCUAGAUCACCUUCUGGGUACGACAGAAGUGCCCUUGAGCAGAGCAAGGAACCCCCAGACUAUUUGGGUUGCAUGUCUGUGUGCAGCCCUUUUACUUGUUUGUGUAUAUUUUAGUACAGUUAAUGUGUAGCAUAAUUAAUAAGAGUGAAAUAUUGUAUUUUCCCUUUGCCUUGAUAUAGAUUCUCCCCCAAAAACUAAACCAGUAAGUCCCAGUCAGCUGUCCACUAUCACAGAGAACAACCUCUUAGCACCUCUUAGCGAGUAUGAUGUCUGAGGAAGGAGAGGGGAGGGAGGAAGAUGUGGUUGGCGUUUCCCCAAGGUCGGAUCAGGAUGAAAAGUUUAAAUAUUUUCUGUUAAAAGUGAGCUCAGUCUCAGCGCCUCUAAGGACCUAAAUUUGACUCCAUGGUUUUGAGCAGCUGUCACAUUUCAAAGCUGGUUUUAAACCAAUCCUGAAAAGCGCUAAAACGAUUCUUCACUUUGAAAGUUAAACUGAUAAAUGACUCAGUCCAAGCGGUUACUGAAGUCUCAUCACCUUUGCUUUUUGUCCGUGUGUCCUGUUCAGGCCCGACGGUCACCAGAACAACCUUCGCUCUGCCGCCUAUGAGGCUCUGAUGGAGAUUGUGAAGAACAGCGCCAAGGACUGUUACCCUGCUGUGCAGAAAACCACGCUGGUCAUCAUGGAGAGGCUGCAGCAGGUCCUGCAGAUGGAGGUGAGAUGAGGAAAGAUAUUUUUGCUUUCAGAUCAGCGUCGACAGACUGAGAGUCGGAUUCAGAAACUUGGUGGAUCAUUAUGGUGAAGAGAAAUCACAAACUUUUCCACAGAGUGUUAGUCAUGAUAGUGUUUGUCGGUGCUUUUUAGAAAUUUAGAAAGGUCUAUAGAGAAACGUUCUGAGGUUAAAGGGAUAGUUCACUUUUUUGCAGAAUGGUUGUAUGAGGUACUUAUUAUAGUGAGUAUAUUGUUCAUAGUGGAUCCUGGUCAGAUCAGCGUCUUUGAGGACAAACUUGUCAAGGAACUUAGAGACCGAAUGAAAAACACCCAGUUUUAAUCUGUGUAAUCUGUGUCUCCAGUCUCACAUCCAGAGCACCUCAGACAGAAUCCAGUUCAACGACCUGCAGUCCCUGCUCUGUGCCACUCUACAGGUGAGGCCACCAGAGCUGUCAGUCAAACUCUGUGACUCGUGGUGUGUGGCGUCUGAGCGCUUAUUGUGACAGCUUCCUGUGUGUCUCCUUGCAGAACGUCCUGCGUAAGGUGCAGCAUCAGGACGCCUUGCAGAUUUCUGACGUGGUCAUGGCGUCUCUGCUGCGGAUGUUCCAGAGCACAGCUGGCUCCGGAGGCGUUCAAGAGGACGCUCUGAUGGCUGUGUCCACGCUGGUCGAAGGUAUACACACACACGCACAUAUGCCGCUCUCCGGUCAGAAAUAAAGGUGUGUGUUGGUGUUGAAAACGGGAGGCUGACUGUUUUUCUGUGUUUCAGUUCUGGGCAGCGACUUCCAGAAGUACAUGGAGCCUUUCAAACCUUUCCUGGCAAUCGGACUGAAGAACUACGCCGAGUAUCAGGUGAGUUUAGCAGCUUCAGUCACACAAAAGACGUGACAGUAGGCGGGAGGUAAACCAAAUGAAAGACAGGUGGUUCUAAAGACUAGUGGUGUGUCCCAAAUCGGACACUUCCAUACUAAAUACUUAGAUUUUUCAAAUUGAGUAUUCUAAGCAUACUAUGUACCUAAUCGCGCAGUGCUUGAGUUUCAAGGGUGCAGUUGCACUCACCGGAAAUGAUGACACGAUUUCUUCUUCUACGCCAAUUUGUCACCGGCUAGCUCUGCAUCGGCUAAUUACUGCCACCUUUUGCCUGGGCUCAUUCAUCCACUUUUGAGGUGUAAUUAGCCAUUCUUACUGAUGAAAUGAGUGCGGUGAGUGUCCACAGUUAGAUACCCAAAAUCUUGACCGAUUUGAGUAUGUCAUCCAGGUACUUUUGCCUACUCCAUUUUCGCAAACUAUCCAUACUUUUUUCCAUUUUGCAUUGAGUAUACUCAAAAUUUUAAGUAUUCAGUACUGGAAGUAUGCAGUUUGGGACACACCAUAGGUGUAACAGUCAUUUGUUCAUAUUGACCAGCUCUAUUUGGGUUCCAAUGUCUUUCAUUAACAGUUUAUAGAUUAUACGGUAUCAGUUUAAUUUUUUUAGUCUGUUCUGAUUUUCCUGCCUCCUGAAUGCUGAUUCAGCCUCACAGUCACCUGAUGCUAUAAAUAGACCUCACCUAAUCCUGAUUUUUGAAGACCCUGUGAUGGUCAAACUGUGGUCAAUCAUCUGAUCCUAUGUCUCCUCUUACAGCCAUUUCAGACAUUAAUAAUCACAACAGAAAAACAAUCAGUCUGAAGAUGAUGUUGGUGUGUUUUCCAGGUGUGUCUGGCGGCAGUGGGUCUGGUGUGCGACCUGUGCAGAGCUCUGAUGUCCAACAUCUUGCCUUACUGUGACGAGAUCAUGCAGCUGCUGCUGGAGAAUCUUGGGGUGAGGCGGGCGCGUCCGCUAACUGUGUUAAUGAGCAACUGUCUGUGCUAACGUGCUAAAAGGUUCAUCUUCUUUAAUGUGACGUUGUCUGUGUUUUCAGAACGAGAACGUCCAUCGGUCGGUGAAGCCUCAGAUCCUCUCUGCGUUCGGUGAUAUCGCUCUGGCCAUCGGAGGAGAGUUUAAGAAAUACCUGGACAUAGUCUUAGACACCCUGCAGCAGGCGUCUCAGGCACAGGUGGACAAGGUAAACAUACAAUCCCACACAUAUACACAAGUAUGAUAAAAGUUAAAGACGUGAUAAUCUAAUGUAGUUGGCUCAUAUUUGUUGGUUUUUGGUGAGUAUUUCGUCAGUUAAGCCCUGAGCAUCCUGAUUUUUUUAAAGCUCUUAUGUGUAACACCAUAAGAGAAUACAAUCAGAACAACCUGUGUGUGUUUUUGUGGUUGUGUGUGCAGACGGACUACGACAUGGUGGAUUACUUGAAUGAGCUGAGGGAGGGCUGUCUGGAGGCGUACACUGGCAUCAUCCAGGGCCUUAAGGGGGACCAGGAGAACGUGCACCGUAAGAACAAAACACACACUUCCGUGCACACGUUCUCAGUACCAGGUGACGUCGGUUCCUCCUCCUGUCUGAAGUCCUUCAGGAGGAUUUUACGACGUCACAGAGAAAUUCGGGUCUUUUUCACCCAGAAAGUUUCUGCUGUAACCCAGCGACACACAACUUCCUGGUUUUGCGAGACCCUACAAAAUAAAAGCAUAAAAACAAAAUCACACAAAGUGAAAUUAAAGUAGCUUUUAAAGAGUAAAGACAUCAAACAUCAUUUUUUCUUCCCUCCAUUAUUUUCCUUUUUCUUAUCCAUCACUUCUCUGUUCCUUUCCUCACUUUUUGUUUUUCUUCUUUUUUUAUUUCCCGUUAUUCUUUCCUACCCUCUUUUUCAUCUUUUCUGUCUUUAUUCUCCCCACAUUUCUUCCAUCACUUCUCCAAUACCUUCUUCUUUUCUCCUUGUUUUCCUUUUCCUUACCAUUUGUCUUCUGUCCUUUUUUCCUCACCUCCUUUUCUGUAUUUCGCCACCCUCUCAUCUCCCCUCUUUCAUCUUCCUCCCUCCUGCAGCUGACGUGAUGUUGGUCCAGCCUCGGGUGGAGUUUAUUCUGUCCUUCAUCCAUCACAUAGCUGAAGAUGAGGAUCACUCUGACGGAGUCGUGGCCAACGCCGCUGGACUCAUCGGGUAUGACGGGGGGGUUCUACUUUGUGUAUGUGUGUGUUUUUGUGGUCGAUGAGGAGAAAUCAUGCACCACUCUGAAAGUGUGAUGCACAAAACAACCACAACAUCUGAGACCAACAGAAACUGGUACCAGUAACAGUUAAAAAACGAAUUGUUUUACCUAAUGCACACUGCCGAGUGUGAGGAUAAUCAUGUUAAUAAAGAAAAUAAGCUACAUUUAUACUUUUCUUAAUUUUAGAUCUAAAUAAAAAAACAUAUUCUUUGCAGGUUAACUUUUCUGUUUUGUGUUAAUUUAUCUUAAUGGUCUGUGUGUUCAGUGACCUGUGCACGGCGUUCGGUAAGGACGUGAUGAAGCUGGUGGAGGUUCGUCCGCUCAUCAACGACCUGCUGACGGAGGGUCGGCGCUCCAAAACCACCAAGACCAAGACGCUCGCCACCUGGGCCACCAAGGAGCUCCGCAAGCUGAAGAGCCAGGCCUGGUAGGACACGAGAUGUGGUAGACAGACGACUGUGAUCGGUCUGUGAGGAGAAAUCAUGCACCACUCUGACAUGUGAUGCACAAAAUAACCACAACAUCUGAGACCAACACAGAAACGGAAUUGCAAACCCCGUGAUAUUCAGUUUGUCAGUGUUUCUAUCUUUGACCGAGCUGUGAGAUAAACCUCACACACUGUACCUCGAAGUCUGACCGCUGACUCUUUUCUUCUUCUUUUCUUGUCAGAUUACUGCCGGUCGGGGAAAAGAGAGAGUGAGAUUUUUUGAGAGAUGGACAUCAGUGAACAAUGAGGACAAACUGCCCCACUGGAAUAAACUCUUCUGUCUUUGUGUCGAGCGUCCGGUCGAAGCAGAAGUGAGACGAAGUGUGAGCUGAGUGAGUGUCUGUGUGUGAGAGAGAGAGAGAGAGAGAGACGUGUGAGCGAGCGAGCGAGAGAUCAUGACAUCACACCACCUUCAGUUCCAGCAGGCAACAAUGCCCCUCCCCCUUUUUCCUCCCCCCCUUUCCUCUCCCUUCAACGGCCUGUGGACUGGACUCUGACUCCCCCCUCCUCCCCCAAAUUCAAAACAAACAAAAACUCCCCCCUCCUCCUCCCACAAUCCACCUCUCUCGCUGUAGCCGGGCUCUCCUACGACAUCACGAUGACGUCACCGACCCGCCACCGCCCCCCGAGCCGGGGGGAGGGGGGAGGAGGGAAUACAGAUAAAAACACAACAAGAAAAUAAGACUUUGUGGAAUCAGCGCUACAAGGCGAGCGGACUCUGUGGAAACUUUAGAUUUUUGUUGCUCUUAUUUUUUUUCUUUUUCUUUCUGCGAGCACUCAAAAGGCGAUGGACCCUGACGGACACCUCCACCUGCUCAGUCUCCGCUGCUCAAUGCUCUUAUUCAAACAACAACAGCACUAAAUUCCUUCAAAAUAAAAGUCAAAAGCCGACGAGGAAUCCUCCGAGGAGCGAGUGCCAAAUGGAAAUAGUUUAGCGGAAAUAAAGCGCGUGGUGUGAGCUGCUGGUGAAGCGUUCAUUUUUUUAUUUCCCGCUGCACUUGGUUUGGGAACGGGUCACUCACCAUUUUUGCUUGUUUAAAAAAAUUCAGAGAAUUGAAGACGUUUGUAUGAGGUUAUAUUUUUCCAUUGCUAUGAUGAAAAUAAAGUAAAAAACAAUAAAAUAAUAUGAAACAUUCCCCAAGCAGUUCUGGUGAUUUGGCUCUUCUUGUCUGUUGGACUGAAACCUUUUGGACUCUUCUGAUUGGAAGCUGAACUUUGGCCGCCACCCACUGACGGUUUGUUUACGCCACAAACAACCUGAUUUUCUUUUUUUUUUCUUUUUGAACUCACUUACUGGCUGUUUUUGGUUGUUGCAGCUCAGCUCCUCGCUGAUGGGGAGAUCUGUUGGGACGCUGAGUUUGAAAUUUGGGUAGAAAUCACAAAAAGCUGCGAGCACGUUCAGUACCGUCUGUCGCCUUCACUCCGGGGUUGGAUCACUUCACCUCUUCUCAACAAAAAGUCAUCAGGAAAAUGAAACUCAAAAAUGGAUUUUCUCUUUAAGUGAAGUGUUUCCCACCUCUGAGGGCUCUUAUUUUGUUGAGGUGCGGCAGCCGUGGGGAGGACAAACUUCCUAUGUUGAACAUGAUGAAACUGGCUUCUCGAUUAUUCUGAAUUGUGAAUCAUUUAAAGCCAAUCUGCUUUUUAUUUCAUAUUCAACUUUAGUGAACUAAUAAAGUCUAUAUUGUACUGAA